GCUCGGUUUCAUGCUAGCUCGGAAUCUGCGUGCUAGUUCCAGCACUGACGGUCUCGAGCCGCUCUGUCUUUAGGUGCUAAAUCGAGCUUUUCGGAACCCUGGUACUCUCGCCGUCGAUCGUAUCCAUGGCUGCGUGCGGAUUCGCACGCGCGAUCGCUUCGUGCUCGCAGGCUGCUGCUGCGAGCAGGCUCGCCGCUGUGCGACAAGAUGCACAUGGCGAGUCUCGUCAGGCUCAGCUGAGGUCACGAUUUCGAUCAUCCCCGUUACUAGCUCUCCACCGGCAAGGCAUUAAUCAUUCUCACCAAACCAAGAACAGAAACGCGGGUUACCACACAUGUUACAAAAUUAGCGGCUACAGGAGAGCGCGUGUGUCGGCAAGCACGGAAUCCGAGGCGCGGAGCGGCAAUGGCGUCGCUACAUCUCAAGGAAAAGACGCGGCAUUCCCGGCGUUUCUGCCGCUGCAAGUCGCGGAGCUUGAGGAGGAGGCGGCUCGCCAGCUGGCACGGCGCGUCCAGAGGCUGCCGGUGCAGACAAACCUGGCCUCAGAGCCAAUCAUGAGCAGCUGCAUCGUGCCGAAGAAUGCCGGCCAGACUGCCGUCCCCAUCCUGCUCUUCCAUGGCUUUGACAGCUCCUGCCUGGAGUGGCGGCGCGUGUACGAGCGCCUGGAGGAGGGCGGAGCAGAGCCGUGGGCGGUAGAUACCCUGGGGUGGGGUUUUUCAGACACCACUAAGGAGCGGGCCAUUCGAUCCUUUUCUGUGGAGGCCAAGAGGGAACACUUGUAUCAGUUCUGGCGGCAACACCUAGGGGGCCGCCCAGCCCUCCUGGUUGGUCCUAGCCUGGGGGGCGCUGCUGCAAUCGAUCUGGCGGUGCACCAUCCUGAUGCACCAGCAGGCCUGCCAGCAGGCCUGGUGCUCUUGGACGCUCAGGCGUUCGAAGAGGGGGUGGGCCCUCUUGCAGCCCUGCCAAAGUUUCUGGCUUAUGCUGGGGUAGCUCUGCUAAAGAGCGUGCAACUGCGCACGUCGGCUGUUAAAAUGGCAUUCCACGACAAGGCAGAGUCAACUGCGGACGCCAUGAACGUGGGCCGCCUGCACUGCCUGAUGCCUGACUGGGCCGACGCCAUGGUUGAUUUCAUGCGCUCGGGCGGUUACCACGUGUCCAAGAGAGUGGGCGAGGUGUCUCAGCCAUCCCUGGUGGUUUGGGGGAGUGAGGAUGAAAUUCUAGAAGCCAGCCUGGCAGAGCGUUUCAAGGCCGAGCUACCAGACUGCAGGGGAGUGGUGCAGCUGGAGGGGUGCGGGCACAUCCCCCACGUGGAGAGGCCUGCUGAUGUGGCACAGCUGAUUCUGGAUUUCUGCUCGCAGCUGCAGGCUGAGAGGGAAAGGGAGAGUGCCGGGGAGGCGAGGGUAACUGUGGCUUGAAUUGUUCAAUAGACAUACCAUACCAUGGGCAUCCGGGUUUCCACAGUGAUUAGUGUAGAGUUCCUCCCAUGCAUGGAGUAUGCACUAAUUGAGCACUAUUGGCACCAACGCCAAGGACGUGCACUCGACAUUGAAGGUGCCAUGGUGGGUUUUUGUCCUCGACAUCUAGGGAGACAAUAAAAGGUGCGUCGUGUGGUUCCCUGGGUUACAUGCGCACGAACAAGUUAGAAAAUGUCCCCUAGUUCUCAUACAGCAUGCCUGGAGUACGUUAUUGGAUAUGGCAUGGUAAGAUAUGAUCUUGUACUCUGAAGUCAUGUGAAGCGGCAUCAAUUUCAUAUU